ACUUUAAUUUUAACUUUACAUACAUAUUUAAGACAACAAAAUUAAAGGCAUUAUGAUACAUUUUACCUAACUUUAAUUUAAGAUUACAAAAUUUAAUAAUUUAUUUAUUAGAAUGUUAUCCCUUUAUCAAAAUGAGGAAAGAAAUUUUAAAGAGGAUUGUAAGGCGCCACAGUGCAGAGUGGUCAUGAUAGUACUUUUCCAAUAUUAGACCUCCUCCGACAAGCAUGACACUCACCAAACUACACAAGUUCCAAAUAACAUGUAAAGGAUAAAACUGUCAAUUCCUCUCAACACUUGAACAGACAAAGUUGAAAGUGGAAACUCCCAAUUUGGCAAUUUGCUCUGUUUGCACUUCUGCAUAGGUAGUAUCCAACUCCAUUGCAUAGAAGUAAAGCACAUGAAAAAAAAACGUGAGUACUUGAAACAAAAAACCCCUGAAAUAAUCACUGAUUCCAACCCCCCAAAUUAGACAAAAACACGAAAACCAAGAGAGAAUCAGGUAGGAAUUGGCAUUUGCUUCACUUUUUAAGUGUAGCAUGUUUGCCAUUUGCUACACUUUUUCGUUUUAAGGGAUCUUUAUUGGGGUGUUCGGACAAUUCUGGUGGCAAUGGCUGGUCAUUGCUCCUGUUGUGUUUCCCUGGAAAAGGUUGAAGAAGAUCUCACAGCUUAUGGAAUGAACCUCAUGAAUCUUCCCUCUGCCACUGAUGAGCUCUUGAAACUUCUUGAGAAAGUUGAGUCCUUACUGAAAUUGGUAGGUCAGCAUCCUGUUGGUUCGACAAGAAGUGCACUUCAACCUGUAAUGAAAGCACUGGUUAGGAAUGAGUUUUUGAGGCAUACCAAUGAAGAUGUCAAAGUUUCAGUUGUUUCUUGUAUCACUGAGAUUUCUAGAAUAUUUGCCCCAAAGUACCCUUAUGAUGAUCAUAAACAAAUGGAGGAAAUUUUCCAGCAAACUAUAAUGGCGUUGAAAAAGUUAUCUGAUGUUAGUAGCUGCAGUUACCGUAAGGUGGUCCGAAUUCUUGAAAUUUUUGCUAAAGUAAGGACUUGUGUGUUGUUAUUGGACCUUGAAAAUGAAACUUUAGUUAUCGAGAUAUUCAAACUUUUUCUCGAGGUCAUCAGGCCCUACCAUCCUCGUAAUAUAUUCACUUGGAUGAAAGAAAUCAUGACUCGGCUCAUAGAAGGCAGUGAAGAACUCUCAGUAGAGCUUCUACGGCCUCUUCUUGAUAGUCUCAAAAUUGAUAAUCAGAUGGCUUCACCUGUUGCAUCAAAAUUGGGGGAGAACGUCCUAAAAGACUGUGCUGCCAUUGUUAAGCCUUACUUUGCAGAAGCCCUAAAGUCAAUGAGCUUAGAUUCUGAUUAUUAUGCUGAAAUUGGUUCCUUAUUAUGCAACGAAUUGCCAAAAGGAAAAGAAAUGGAUUCUAAAAGGGCUCGUACCAGCAAAGAUCAUGGUGCAGAACUGAUCGGUGCUAAAAUAAAAGUUUGGUGUCCAUUGGAGCAAGCGUUUUACGAGGGAGUCAUUUCUUCUUUUGAUUCAGAGACAAACAAACACGAGGUCGUAUAUGAUGAUAGCGAAGUAGAAAAAUUGAAACUACAUGAAGAACGAUGGGAGAUGCUUGAAGACAAUUCAUCUCAAAAGGACUCUAAAAGGCCCUGUACCAUCAAAGAAUAUGGAAAGGAACUGGUUGGCGCUAGAAUAAAAGUUUGGUGGCCAUUUGAAGAAAAGUUUUACGAGGGAGUAGUUUCUUCUUUUGAUCCUGUGAAAAUGAAACACAAGGUCGUAUAUGAUGAUGGUCAAGUAGAGAAAUUGAGACUACAUAGAGAACGAUGGGAGAUGCUUGAAGAUAAUUCAUCUCAAAAGGACCAUGAAUUAGACUUUCAAGGCCAUGCUGUUUCAUCUGCUACUAGGUCUUCAAAGAAGAAAGCAAACAGUAACUCCUCAACAGGACCAAACAUCUCUUCAUCCAAAAGGUCUUAAAGUACUGCAGAGUAAAGGGCACUGAAUCAGUAGAAAUUUCUGUUGCGGACAAGGAAGAAACUCAAUUCCUGGAAGUCUUGAAGAAUUUUCAUAAACCAAUUGAUUUGAGAAAUGAAAUGUUAGUCUUAGAAUAAUCAGUAGCAGCAAAAAAACUGAAUGGGAGUGACAUUUUUCGUCGGGCAUAUUGAUCCUACAAUUCGUUUUAACUUGUCAUGCUUGUAGACUUAUAGUAUGUAUCUACAGGCUGUCCCCUGUGUUUACUAUUACUCUGCUUAUAUGUAUGGUUAAAUAACUGCUGUUGGGGAAUUCCUACAAGUUAUCCUAUUUUCUUUAAUUUCAUCAUA